UAAUAGUAUUUUCCAGGGUGUCCUCAACUUGGUUAUAAUUAUUACUGAAACCUUGAUACAAUGUGCCACCUGUAAAGCCAUCCAUGUACCUGCUGUAUUGGGGAAAACAUGGUAACUUUCUUGGCUGAAUUAUUAAUGUCCAAUCUGUCAGACUGGACUUGUUUUGGAGAGAAACUAGAAUCUUCAAGUGCAAAAUAAGCGUUUUUUACUCUUGUUUUGCUUGGAAUAACUCUGAAAAGCUUUUGAGCUGCUACAAGGGUUGCAAGAGUUGUCUUUAGAUGGUAGAAAGUGAUAUUUGGACAAUACUGAGUGCUAUUUUUGCAUAAACUAGUAGAAUUAGCAGCUUUGCAGCUCAGUGAUGUGAUGGAAACAGUGCCAGACUUUGCUCGAGAUCUACUGAAUACUUGCCUUGAUGUAAACCUUCUAUGGCCUUGCAUUAAGUGGCCAUUUCGGUUAUUGAGAUUUGAUGAAAAUGGCCCUGAAAGGCAGCUUAAGGAGCCUCCACCAGCAUUUCUUGAAGCAGAUGCUGCAGAGGUUGAUAUCAAUGAGCCUCAACUUCCACCAGAGGUACUUUAUAUGCUAAAAAGUGUCAGGGUGUUUGGUCAUUUUGAGAAACCACUAUUUUUUGAGUUGUGCAAGUACAUUGAAACAAAAUCAGUGCCUGCAAAUGCACUGCUCUUCAAACAAGGAAAGGGUGAUGAUUCUAUAUACGUGGUGCAGCAUGGGAAAUUAUGUGUUUCAUUGUUAGAAAAGGAUGGUAGUGAGAUGCCCAUGAAAGAGGUUGCUACUGGUGACAGCAUAUACAGUGUUCUUGGGAUCCUGGAUGUUCUAACAGGCCAUCCAGCUGCACUACCACAUAUCCGUGCAAGAGCUUUGGUUGAUUCUACAGUUUUAAAACUUCCUGGAAAAGCUUUUCAAGAGGUUUUCAAGAAGAAUCCUGAAUCAUUAGUGAGAGUAGUACAGAUCAUCAUGUUACGUCUUCAGCAAGUGACGUUUAUGGCAAUGCAUAAUUUCUUGGGUCUCAGCUAUGAAUUAAUUCAUUCAGGUCUAACAGUGAGACGUCCUACACUGACAAGCAUAAGUUCUAAUCCUCAAUCAAUGAGCAGUCCAGUGAAAACCAGAUCUGGUUCAAUAGAAGCACAUACUUUAGAGAGCUCAAGGUCUUCUUUCAAAAAGACGCUUAUUUUAGAUGUAGGACAAGAUAGCACUAAUAAUGCUAGCAUUAGUCCUGAUAGUGGGGUUGCUAGUACUGCUAGUGUACUGUCAGAUUCUAAAGACAACCAAAGUCCAACUGCUCCUAUACCAGAAAAGGAAAAGCUACGUCGUUCGGUCAGCUUUAAUGAGCCCAAAUAUAAACCCAGUGCUGCCAUAGGACGUUGCAACUCUCAGACCUACAUGUCAGCUUGGGGCAAAGCAGCAAUGGCUGAAACAUCGGAUCAGGCUGAAGGGAUGUGCCGGUCUCCCUCGGAUUUCGAUGCCGCCUGUGGUCGUGCCCGUGUCCCUAGUGUGCAACUGCCCGAUACUACUAGCAGUACUGCUGGAACUGUGUCAUUUGAGAUCGAGAGUGACCCAGAACCAAGUCCUGUGUCAAAAGAAGGAAAGUUCGACUUCAAUCAUGGUAUUGAUGACCUGCCUCAAAAGUUCAAGAAACCAGAAGAUGAACACGAGUUACUGAGGGUUGCUGCCAAGGAGAUUGCAAAGAAACUUGAUUUACCGCACGAUGCUAUUCCAGAGAGUAUCUUAGACAUCGCUGUUAUACCUGCCGGUACGAUAGUGGUGAGACAAGGUGAUCAGGAAUGUAAUCUUCAUUUUGUGUUAUCUGGAUCCUUGCAAGUAACACAAAACAGUAUAAACAACGAAUCGCAGGAUGUGUUGUACACUGUUUCACCUGGAGAGUUUUCUGGUGUGAUGGCUGUCAUCACUGGUGAACCGUGUCUUUUUUCUUAUAAAGCAACUACACAGACAUAUAUGGCUAUAAUCACUAAAGCAAACUUCUACAGAUUUCUACGAGAAAGACCAAGAGUGAUUCUGAAUGUUUCUUAUUCUUUGGUUAAACGAUUGUCACCGUUCUUAAGACAAAUUGACUACGCGCUCGACUGGAUGCACAUAGAAGCUGGAAGAGCAUUGUAUAGACAAGGCGAGAUGUCAAACUGUAUCUAUAUUGUGCUGAAUGGUCGUCUUCGUUCAGUAGUCACACUAGAGGAUGGUAAAAAAGAACUUGUUAGUGAAGCUGGUCGUGGAGAAAUCAUUGGUUUGGUUGAAGUUCUUACCCAGUCUCCCAGAGCCACCACAGUUCAUGCUAUCCGAGACACCGAGAUUGCCGUACUACCUGAUGGUCUUUUGAACACCAUCAAGAGACAACAUCCACAGGUCGUGUCUCGUUUAAUUCAUUUACUGGGUGAGAGGUUACUUGGACAAUAUCGACGAGGUGGAGGUGUAAGAACAGACACACUAUUAGCAGAAAACCAUCGUCCUGUGGAUAACCAGAUAUUUGGUGGUUCCAACCUUGGUACUGUAGCAUUGAUUCCUGCGUCAAGUAACGUACCGCUCGCUAAUGUCAGCUUUGAAUUGAGCUUGGCUCUUAACUCAAUUGGCACAACACUACUUCUUACCAGCAACUUCGUCAGGAGUAACCUUGGCAGCUCUGCUCUGGACAAUAUGAACGAGUACCGAUUAGUGAGUUGGCUUGGACAGCAAGAAGACCUUCAUCGUAUGGUGUUGUAUCAAGCUGAUUCCUAUAUGUCUGCCUGGACAAAGAGAUGUAUUAGACAGGCUGACUGCAUUUUAAUUGUUGGAUUAGCGGACGAAAAUCCAGCAGUUGGACAGCUCGAGUUCCAGCUUGAAAGUAUCCAAGUUCGCUCUCAAAAGGAACUGAUUCUUCUUCACCGGGAAGUAGACAGCAAUCACCGUAUAUCGGGUACCGUACACUGGUUGAAUGCCCGUGGGUGGAUAUCAGCCCAUACCCAUGUGCGAUGUCCAAAGAAGGUAUUCAGUAAGCGCUUCUUAGCUGAUCGGUACGCAAGAAAUCCUGCAGCCUAUCAAGCACCAGCCAGGAACUCAGACUUCGCCCGCUUGGCUCGCCGACUUACUGGGACGUCCAUUGGUCUCGUGUUGGGUGGUGGAGGCGCACGGGGUUUGUCACAUGUGGGUGUUAUCAAGGCUCUUGAGGAAGCAGAUAUUCCUAUAGAUAUGGUUGGAGGUACCAGCAUGGGCUCAUUCGUGGGUGCUGCCAUAGCGGAAUACGGCAACACUGAAAGAAUGAGCCAGAAAGUACGCGAGUGGUCAUGGGAUAUGACGUCAGUUUUCACACAAAUCCUCGACUUAACGUAUCCAUUUACCUCAAUGUUUUCAGGGAGUGGAUUCAAUGCAAGUAUUAGAAGCUCGUUCGGAGAAAGACAGAUCGAGGACUUAUUAUUGCCUUAUUUCUGUAUAACUACUGACAUCACGUCGUCGAGAAUGCGUGUUCAUACUGAUGGUUCGUUAUGGCGGUAUGUAAGAGCCAGUAUGUCGUUAUCUGGUUACCUCCCUCCUCUCUGUGAUCCCAAAGACGGUCAUCUAUUGCUGGAUGGUGGUUACGUCAAUAAUCUGCCUGCUGAUGUAAUGAAGAACAUGGGCGCCCAAACCAUCAUCGCCAUUGAUGUCGGUUCAGAGUACCAUGGUGAACUCAUGAACUACGGUGACCACCUAUCAGGGUGGUGGUUGCUGUGGAACCGAUGGAAUCCCUUCUCCGAAAAAGUCAGGAUCCCCGACAUGACAGAAAUCCAAUCACGUCUGGCGUACGUGUCUUGUGUACAGCAGUUAGAAGAGGUUAAAAUCAACAGCUACUGUGAAUAUGUACGGCCGCCUAUCGAUAGGUUCAAAACGCUGGAGUUUGGACGUUUCGACGAGAUUGUUGAAGUGGGCUAUCAACAUGGCAAGACCUUAUUUGGUGAAUGGAGUAAAAGCAAUCGCCUUCCCGAAGUCCUUCGAGAGCAGAUUAGCAGAUCACAUAUCUACAGCACGCAAACAUCAGAAAGCAAGCCCAUACAGAAACCAGGUCAAACCUUCACUGACCUUGCCGAGAGAAUAUCCCGAAUUGAUCCUCCUAUAAGAAGUUUAUCCUAUGAGGACUGGAUUUCUUAUACUGAUCAUGACGGUGAGCUGAGUUCCAGUGCACCGGAAACACGUCACACCAUCUUUAACAUUUCCGAAGACGAAUUCGACGAGGAUGACCUUUCGAUCAGAUAUCGACCACGUACCGGAUCACUUUCGGAGCACGAAGAUUUAUUGGCGCUUCAAGCUCAAGCUGAGGCUGUAGCUGAACUCGAGACCAAAGCUGGACUUGGGUCGUUCAGUGCUGAUGAAGCUGGCUAUGAGUCUGAUGAUGUGCAAAUAAGACGACGUAUUUUAGCCAGAGGAAUCAGUGAUCCUUCAGGCUCAUAGUAACAAACACACCCUGAAGAAAAUAUCGCCGUACUUUUAAAAAAUGCUAUAUUGUUUUCAAAAUAGGUUGUCGGAACGAAAGUUAUUGGUCGUUAUUUAUUUUGUUUGUUCGUGUCUUCCAAUAGAUGAUCUUAGUACAUGUUACCCACAGUAACUGUCAGUUAUUCUUCAUUCGCUAGCUGUGACAACCUUUUUUGCAGUAGUUGAAUUAACUAAAACGUCACAUCCUAAAGGUAAUUCAUACUAUAGAUAUUUUUUGAAAGUGACGACACAUGUGGGAUGAAUCGAGUUUAUUUAUUUUCUUAACAUUAUGCUUCAAGGUUUGUUUUUCUUCACAAAGCGUCCACACUUAAAGCAGUCAACCUCAAACGAUCGUUGUACUGUUGACUCUAGCGUAGCCAAAUUUGACUGAAGACUAAUUAGGAUGACUGCAGACAAGCCGAAGUGAGCGCAUUGCACCCGUGAAAUAGAGUUAAGCCUUUUUAAUGGUCAUUUUAGUUUUGCAACAAAUGAUAAAACAAUUAUGAGAUUCGACCAUUGUGUGAUAUGAAAAAUUAUACGAAACUCGUCAAGCAUAAUUCUUCAUAUCUCAUUGCUGUUUCAUCGGUUUAUAAGAAAUUGAACUACAAAGUGAAGCAAAACGUAAAAGUGAGAUUGAAUGGGAAGGGGAAGAAUAAAAGGGAAUGGGAUACAUUAGAAACUGUAGUAGUUUUGUAUAGUGUUUGAUGUUCAAGCCGGGUAGUUUAUAGAGUUUUAUAGUGUUUUGUAGCCUUUGGUUUUCUAAUAAAAGUAAAAGAUUAUUUUAAAGGAUUAAGAUUAAGGAAAUGAUUGUAAUAAAGAAUGUGAUGGCAA